AGUAUUUAAGAGGGCGGCCUCCUGUGAGGCUUUUGAAUUCGUUCCGUUUCUUAGUCGCCUGGUUGUUGCAGACUCAUGUCGUUCCCAAAAGCUCCGCUCAGGCGCUUCAAUGAUGCGCUAACUUGUGCCCCACCACCAGGCUCUUAUGAUGUCAAAUCUGCAGACAUGUCAAAAGGACCUGUGUCUUUUGAUAAGUCUCAACGAUUUACAAAGCAGAUGGGGGACAUAGGAAUUCAGCAGAAACCCAACAACAUGAAACCUCUACCUUCCCCAGCUACUGCAAGAAAAAUGCAGUCUCUUGGUUCCAAACCAACCAGCUCAGGAAUAAAGCCAGAAAAGGAUUUGACCCUGAUGAAAGACUUGAGAAAGCAGAAAGAACUGGAAAAAGAGAUCCGUGUGCUUGUUGGAGAGCGUGGCCAGCAGGAUAAAAAACUACACACCCUUGAGGAAGACCUUGCAAAAUUGGAAUCAAAGCUGUCUGCUGCCAUUAGGGAAAAAACCUCUCUCUUGGCAACUGUUGCUUCUCUGGAAAAGCAGCUUCUGGAAUUGACCAGGACCAACGAAUUGUUAAAAACGAAGUUCUCUGAAGAUGGAACACAGAAGAAAAUGAACAAUUUAUGCUUGGAGUUAAUGAAGCUCAGGAAUCUGAUGCAUGCAAAGAAGGCAGCUGUCUCUAAGCAAGAAGAUAUGCAGAUGAAACUGCAGACUGUCCAAAGAACCUUAGAGCAUUCAAAGGAAAAAGUAGCACAACUGGAAGAACAGCUGAUAGCAACUGAGAUGUACACUGAAGAGAAAUGUGAUUCAGAUAAAAUUUUGGAAUAUGUUGUAGAACUGAGCAAUGCUGUGGAACUAGUCGAUAAAUACAAGCUGGACAUAGCCCAUUUUGAGGAAAUAAUAGAAGCAAAGAAUGAGGAAAUUGAAAAACUGCAGACUUCUCUUCAGCUUACAGUAACUACGCUGUCAGCACAAAUUAAUGAAUUGCAUGAAAAAUGCAAAAUGUUUGAACAGCAAAAAGAGGAACUUUUAACUGAACACAGAGAAAAAGAGCAAAGUAUGAAUACUGAAAUUCAGUGCUUGAAAGAAAAGUUGAAUUUACAACGAGAGGAAUGCCAGAAGCAAAAAGGAGCCUGCAAGGAUCUUACUGCAGCAACGCAUCAGAAGCUGCUUGAAUUCCAAGAAGAGGUGACUAAAGAGAAGCAAAUUCUAGAGAGAGAACUAAGGGAAACUAUGGAUGAGCUGGAUAAACUGCACACUAAAGAAGGUAAAGCUGAGAAGAUGCUGAAGCACCUGGAACAAGAGAACAAAUCUCAGACUGAGCAGCUAGUACAGCUACGAGCAAAACUACAAGGGAAAAACACAGAGUUAGCGAAUAUGUCUGAGGUGCACAAAAUUGCUAUUGCACUGGUGAAAGAAGAGCACAGCAACACAUUGUGCAAACUUGGAGAGAUUAUCACUGAAUUUGAAACUUACAAAGCUUCUGUGUCUGAAGAAUGUGCAUUCCUCAGAAAAGAGAAGACUUCUCUGCAGGACCAGUUAGCUGAAAUGAACAAAUCAGCUCAGCACACAAUGCAGAUGAUGCAAGAGGUACAGCGUGGUAAAGAAAAGGCACAGGAAGAAUAUGCAAGGAUGCUGUUGGAUGCCCAGACCAAAUUAGCUUUAAGGGAAGCAGAAGUUAAAGCAAUAAACGAAUCAAGCAUUGCACAAAUUGCCACCUUAGAAGCAAGACUAAAAGAUCAAAAUGAAGACUUCAAGAAGCAACUAGAACUAGAAAGGAAAGCCAUUGCAGAAAAAGCAGAAGCUGAUUACCGAGAGAACAUAAAAACCUGGCGUAUGCUAUAUGAGGAACUAUAUAAUAAAGUGAAACCAUUUCAGCAACAACUUGAUGCAUUUGAGGCAGAGAAGAAUGCACUUUUGAAUGAACAUGGUGCUGCCCAAGAAGAGUUAAACAAACUUAGUGACGCAUAUGCUAAGCUUCUAGGCCAUCAGAAUCAGAAGCAGAAAAUCAAGCAUGUGAUGAAGCUGAAAGAAGAAAAUGCACAGAUGAGACAGGAGGUAUCAAAACUGCGUACUCAGCUAGCAAAGGAAAAACAAAUACAAGGAGGCCUCCACGAGCAACUGAAUAGGAUUCAGGGUAUCAAGCGAUUUGAUCCUUCUAAAGCUUUUCAGCAUUCCACUAAGGAAAAUGUUGAUCCCAAAACACCUUUCAAAGAAAGUAAUAGAAAUAAUAGUUAAGGUGCUCUGUGCUGAACUGGAAUCAACGCACUUGAGAUGCUGCCAUGCAGGCUUCAAGACCCAUUAUGUAAGAAGAAAGUCCCUUGUUGUGAUACCACACUGUAUGGGAACUUGACAGUAUGUAUAUGAAGAUUUCUAUAUUCAGCUGACUGGUGUUCCUGUCCUAACAAAACCUUCUUGGAGCAGUAAAACCAGCUAAUUUUGCUUUCUAUUUUUUAAAAAUGUUUUCUGUUUCUUUUAGUAGCAGGGACUAGUGGAAAUCUUAAGUCACAGUUUAAUUUUGGUGAUGCUAAAUGCUAGUAGUCAACAGGUUUGCUAUUUCAUUAGUAAAUAAUUAAGAACAAGGGUACAUGGAGCUUUUUUAUUAUAAAGAACAGGCUGUAUUAUAGAUCAAUCUUUUCACUAACAUCUUAAGUUUUAUUAUGGGAUUUAAAACUAGCUCUAACCUGUAGUUCUGUUACAUUACUUGGCUUAUAUACUGUUAACACAAGAUUAAAUCAAAUAAAAAUUUUAAGUGUAUAAUUAAAAUAAAAUGAAAAUGAAAAUAAAAA